CAGCCGUCCAGCAUCUUUCGGCCUCCAUCAACUUGUGUGAUCUCAAGAUCCAAAUCCCCCCUUCCCUGCUUUAAAAUAAGGUUGAUCUCCUAGCUUCCACGGCUCCUAGAAUGCCUCUUCUCACAACGUUAUGGCUCUUUGCGCCCAUCAGCAGUGGCUGCGUGUGCAUCGAGACGAGAACGGGUUUGUACUGCAGUACGGGAAUCGGCUCUACAAUAUCACGAACUCUCUUCCCCAACCUGCGAGGCAAUACCCAUCCCUUAUUUUCUUCAUUGGCAAACAGUCCAAAUCGCGAGCGCUGCGAGCUUUAUUCCCUGGGAACAGCAUAUCCAACUGUCGAAAAUACGGUAUCGCGAAUAUAUGCGCUGAUCCAACUACGACAAAUGAUGCCCAUCCAACCCUCAUUGCUGAUAGCAGUCCUGACCAUGCACAAACAAACCUGAGAGGCAAGGUUGUCUGCCACGAGACCACCAAUCAGCCAGUAGCCUGGCCAGACGACGAGAGCGGCCCACCUACGCAACAGGGCUUGGUCGAUCAUCUCCACGCCAGGUUGCUGUCAUUGUUUGUUGAUGUGCUGUGCAUAUUCGCACAAGACUGUGGCGGUCUAGACGGGGUAGCGGACAGACUGACCUCUUGGGCAACAAUAGGAUCUGCGUCAAGCUUGUCAAAUAGCAUUCGCCCCAGGUUGCUUGUUGUCACUACAAUCCCUGGGCAUGCCUUUGAUUCAGAAUCUCUACGUUUUCGUCUGGGAGUGCUGGCUGAUCCGAAGUUUGCAGGAUCAUUCUCAUCCUUGAAGGUAGUAAACAUUCUAGGGGCAACCCGUCGUCCUUCCCGCUCUCUGUUUAGCGGCCUCAAGGAGAUUCUACAAGACGAAACUCGUACGGCGCGCAUUGAACGGAUUAAUACCCACACUCUCUUUUCGAUGACUCACAUUACAGCAUUCUUUGAAAUGUCUCUACGCAAUUUUGCCACAUCACCACGAGAUACGUUUGACUUUAUCAAGAGCUCGAGAGAAGGGAACCCUGUUUCUCAAAACUUUCAAUAUCACCUGCAGUCAUUCAUGAGUUUGUGCUUGAAGCACAGGUUACCUGACAACAUUUCCUAUGAUUUUAUCGCCUCGGCAAUUGUUCUAGAUAGCUUCCCGCCUGGUAUGCACAUGUUUAAUCCAUCAGAUGUGUUCCGUACUUUAUACCGUUAUGAAUGCCUCCUUGGACUUCGUGAGUUUGCGAGUGCUCAACAGCUAUCGAGAGAGUCGAUCUGUGCCGAUAUCGAGGCACGAAUAAUAUCCUUAUUCUCCGAGAUGAAAUAUGGUGGCCAGUCUGCGGCUACCCUCCGUCAGCGAAGCCUAGAACAAAAUAGUCAGCACUUGCAGCUGCUUAGAUCCAAUAUCGAUUGCUUCAUAUGCCUGCAAAGAAAGCUAGAACAUAUAAUGGACUGCGGCCAUGGCAUAUGCGAUAUCUGUAUCCGCAUCCACGUCUUCAGUAAUCCGACAAAGGGCAGGGAGUACUAUUACGACAUCACCUCCUGUCCCCAAUGUCUGACCAAGAUCAACUUCCAAGCAAAGACCUUGCCUCCUACAUGUCGGGUAAGAUUUCUCGCGAUUGACGGGGGUGGUUCGAGAGGCAUCGUAUCACUAGGGUUCAUAGAGGAGCUUCGGCAGGCACUUGGCCUGCACUAUCCAGUCCAGGAGAACUUCGACUAUUCCAUUGGAACAAGUUCGGGCGGUCUUGCAACAAUUGGGCUCUUUGGAAAGAACUGGACCCCCAAGCAAUGCCUCUCAUUCUUCCUUAAGUUUGCGAGGAUCAUUUUCCCACCCAAUGUCCUUAUAGGAUACUCAAUCUGCGCAAUAAUCCGGCGUAUAUUUGCAUUUUACCUUGAGGAUGGCAAGUAUAAUGCAGCCGUCUUGGAAGACGCUCUCCAGGAGGCUCUUGGACUCGGUCCUAUACUUGGUCCAGUCAGGUCGGGACCAUCUGGGAUGAGAUUUGCCGUUACCGCAACUACGAUAUCCGACGCGACGCUAUGCCUGAUUUCGAAUUAUAAUGGUGAGGGUCAGCAUGGAAAAGAUUCAAGAUAUAAACACCUUCGAGCGACGCAGGCAACCGAGGAUAUUUUGCUCUGGGAAGCAGCAAGGUGUACGACCGCGGCACCUAGCUACUUUAAACCCAAACACCUCCACUCCUUUGGUACAUUUCAGGAUGGCGGUCUAAAGUACAACAACCCUGUGCGGCCAGGACUGCGUGAAAUCCGCAGAAUCUGGAACAAUGGUGAUUGCGACCUGGUGCUUUCCAUCGGGACGGGAUUUGAGCAAAAGCUCAUGUCGCCAGUAGCUUCAAACGUCCGGAAUCUUCUUCAGGAUGGGGCAAUGGCACGUUUUUAUCGGGCUGCUAUGGAAUCAUUAUCUCUAAAUGGUCAGAUCAGCUGGGAAGAUCACUGGUCUGGCUUAGAGGAGGAUGCUAAGAGACAGCAGUUCCGUCUAAACCUGCCUCUAGAGGGCAAGGAACCGGAGAUUGACGACGUGGAUAAGAUGCAAUAUCUUCAUGACCAGAUACGGAAUCACCUUGGUGAUAUCGAGGGCAUUGCUCGAGCUUUCAAAGCAGUAACCUUCUUCUUCGAACUCGACGGGCCGUUGGUCGACGAAGGGGGUCGCUAUUAUUGUCGUGGAUCCAUCCUCUCUCGGAGCCCGGACAGCCGUGAUCUUAUCCAGAGCCUCGGCAGCAGCUACCCCUACGCACAAUUCUUCAAUCAUGACCUCUCCCUUGGCUUUCUCAGCGCAAGCGAUAUCUGCAAGCUAUGCGGGCGUUUCCAGAAAGCGGUCACCUUCCACGUACGCCACCCCUCCGAUCGGGUCAACCUGCAGCUCGUCUUCAACAGGCUGUUCCGCCGUAGCAUCAGUGGCUUCCCGCAACCUAUUGAAUGGUUUGUCGAAAGACAGAAGUUUAAUGCGAGGUUUGGGCGACCCGACCAUGAAAGCAGAAUUGCUAGGGAACUAUCCUGUAGCUGUGAACUUCAACGUCACGGCGAAGUACCGGCCCUUGCUUCAGACAGCAGGAAGCGCUCUCUCCCCAUUCGGAUGGGGAUAUGUAGGAAGCGGCGUCGUUUGUGAUGGAGAACCGAAUGGAAUACUGUUUGAAGACGUGCAAUGCUAAACUAGCAUCCGAUCCAUUUCUUAGUAAUGGUGUUAUCGAUCUGUUGUAUCUUGUUAAGAUAAACCGCCUAUAUAUAAUAUAGGACGAGCUUUGAAGAGGAUGUUCUUUGCAUUUACGAUUCGGCCUUGACCUUUAAUAAUAUCCAUUGAGAUCGCG